CUCAAAAGUCACUGUCUGUACAUGUUUGUUUAUAAAAAUUUCUACCUGAAUUCACCAGGUAAUAAACUUGAUCAAUUGAUCGUUGAUCAUUUAAAGUCUUGAACGUGGUAUUUACCGUUCGGUCAAAUUUUCAAUACAAUUUGCAUGUGUGACUAAGGAUUGUUAUAAGAUUCAUCAGCCAUUAUAUCUGUCUGUCAGAUUCAGUUAAUGGUAUGUUCAUAAGGAAUCUACAUCUUCAUCAGAACAGCUGAUCAUUGACUAGAAAAAAAGACAGACAUGGCUACGAACGGGAAACCUUUAGAAAAUGGCCAUGGAUUCUCAGAUGACAUCAGUUUGUGUGGAGAAUGCAAGAAAACGUUCGUAACACCUCGUUCUCUACCAUGUUUACAUACAUUUUGCAGCGCAUGCUUGGAAGCUUACAUUAAAAAGGCAAUAGGAAGCAAUGGUCAGAGAUUUUUCCAUUGUCCUACAUGUGAUAUGGAAAUUGAUAUUCCAAACGACGCGUUACCAGGGCAAUAUGCUGCCUCUUUUCCAAUGGAUAGUUUUAUGGAAAAAUUAGUAGAAUUAGUAGCUGCCACGAGUUUAGACAAAAUGUGUGAUAUUUGUGUUCGUAGAGAGGAAAAGGUUGCAGCUCAAAAUUGGUGCAUGGACUGUUUUGAUGCGCUUUGUGAUUCUUGUUUUAAAGUUCAUGUUCAUGGCAAAACGACAUCAAACCAUGUUGUUUUCCGCUCAGACGAAUUGAGACAGAUUCCUCUAGAAAAUUUAAUGAAAAAGAAAAACAAAGUUCCGUGUGGUAAACAUAACGAAACGAUUACAUUAUUCUGUGUAGAUUGCAGGGAGCCAUUGUGCGUUCAAUGCAUGGCUGUUUCACACAGAAGAUGUGAAAAUGUAAUAACAGUUGCAGACGCAAUGACGUCACGGACGGAUGUUAAAGAUAUUAUGGAUAGGCUAGACUCACUGAAGGAUUCAGUCCAUGGCACAAACGGGUUGGGAGAAAAUGAUAAAAUAUUAGAAUCUAGUAUUGACAGUGCUCGAAUCAAAAUCAUUUCAGUGUGUAAUUCCCUCGUCGAAAAAGUCCGAGAAGAACAAGACAAGUUAUUAAGACAGCUAGAAGACACUGCAUACAAAGCACGCAAAAUUCUAAAAGGAAGGAUAGAACCUAGGAAAAGUGGGACAAAAACAAUUCAAGCUGCGCACGAGAGAAUGAAGAUAUUAAUGAAAUAUGGUAGUGAUGUAGAUAUUCUGUUGGCAUACAACCAAGUAAAGAAGCAGCUAGAUUCUUGCCAGGGAUCCGUUGCCGAACUUGACCCUAAAAGUAUGGUUGUGAAAGUGAACUUUGACCUUGCCGAGAAUGUUGACAGUUUCAUGGCGGAGUUUAAAGCAGUAGGAAAUUUGAGUAUAGAUGACAGUAGCGAUGUAAUUGGUCUAAAUUCCUGGGGUGUAACGUGUACCCAUACGGAUGACAUCAUUGUCACAGAUUGUAAAAACCGACGGAUUCAGAAGUUUAGCAAGUUUGGAGAUCUAGUAGACUACGUCCAACUUGAGGAUGAACCACGUGAUAUUACUACCAUUGGACGCAACGAUGACGUCGCUAUAACAUUGGUUGGAAAGUUAAUUAUCUUCUUGUCAACUCGGAAAUCAAUGCAGCUUCUAAAACGUGCGAAAACAGAAAGACAAUAUGAUGGCAUUGCAUUUUCCUUCAAGGAUUCCUUUUUGGUGGUUAGCUCUAUCAGGGAUUGCUUAGUGGACCUCAUCCAACUUGGUGGGGAAGUCAUUCGUUCCAUACAUUCAGAUACUGUUGGGUCACCGCUUUUCAGAGAGCCACGUUAUGUGGCUGUGUCACCAGAUGGCGCUAUUGUUGUGUCGGAUGUAGAGCAGGGUACAGUCAUUUCAUUUGACAAUUACGGGCGUGUGCUUUCCCAGUACAGACCAGAAAGUGGAAAUGGAUUAAAGAAACCGCAGGGUGUUAGUGUUGACAAAAUUGGCAACAUAUUUGUUGCGGACAAUGGCAAUAAUAGGGUCCAACUCUGCACGAAUGAUGGGGUCUUCCAAAGGAAUGUUUUGGGACACGAAAGCGGAUUGGACAAACCGGUUGCCAUAGAAGUCAGCAGUAGCAAUAGGAUGAUCAUCGUUCAGAAUGAUGGCAUGGUGAAAGUGUUCAGUUACUCCUGAAAAACUAUUAAAAAAGCAAGGAGGAACUCAACGCGUACAUAACUUAACAGAGCAAACAGUAGCGUAUAUAAUAGAAUACCAUAGUAAAAGCGGUUAAAUGAGUAAGAAAAGAUAUCUUCAUAAUCAGAAUUUAUAUACAACCAACGCUCGGUAAAGUCGUACAUAAUUAACUUGAAUUGUAAGGACAACUUAUAUUUUUUGAUACAUAUAUAAUACCUCAAAAUGCCUUUUUGUAACAUAAUUUUAAGUACAACAGAGUUCGCUUUCAUUCAUUGCCAAAAUGUAAUUUUAUAACGCCUAUUACGUAUGAAACAGAUCGUAGAUAGUUUUAACUCGCUAAACUUUGUUUCAUUGUAGACAAAGUUUUCUUUUAUAAAUAAAAAGAAAUGAUAAAAUAGAAUGGUUGAGAUAUUUUUUCCUUUUACAUAUAUUAUUUAAGUACUGUAUGUACAUUUUAACAAAAUAUAUAACAAUUAAAAUAAAAUUCCUAUAAAACUAAUUCACUGGACUUUAAUCUUAUCCAAGUACUUUUGAAAUUGCACUGUCAAUAUUUGUAUAACGAUCACUUUUGACUGAUUUAUAAAUUUAAUUGAGUAAUUAAGUUAUAAUUUAUUGCUCUUCUGUCAAUCACUUCAAAUCUUAAUUUCAACAUAUUCAUAAAUGUGAAUAAAUUAUUAAGGAAAUGUGAAGUGCACCUUUCAUAACUCUUUGUUCUCAUGCAAUGUAUACACUUUUAAAAAUAACUUUUUUUUAAAUAUUGUUUGAAUCUGUUUCUUUGUCCCGAACUUGUCAAAGUUAAUUUCAUCUUUUGAAAAGAAACUUUAGAAUAUUUUAGGAUAGUUGUUCUGAUUGAUUGAUUCAUUCAUUGGUGUUUAGCGCCACUUUCAGCGCUAUUUUUGUUGAGUGGUGGCCAGUUUUUAAAGCUGCACUAUAGUGACAAGUCAGAAAGACUAAUACUGUCGACUUCGCUUAAAAUUAUGCAAAGAAAAGAAUGACACAAAAAGACUUUUUGACUAUAUUUUUACACUUAGUACGCAAGAAAAGAGUGCUAUAAUUUAAAAACACUAUUGUACAUAUAUUUUCAUUCACGUAUAUUAUCAAAUAUACAAUCUUAAUUAAUUAUAUUAUUUAUAUUUAUUUAUUCAAUGCAUGGACUUUGUAUUCUGGUGUUAUUGCAUUUGUUCAAUGUGAAGUUUGUUUGUAGUAAAAUACGGGUGGUUGCCAAACUCAAUAGGUAUCCGUGCUGUUAACAUAGGCAAGAACGGAAUAUGUAAGUUUUAAGUCUUCUAAUGAACAAAUCCCCUUUGGAUUUGAUAAAUAAACAAUGAUGACUCGUUUGAAAGAAUAUAUAUCAUGUUAAUAUAUUAAAAACAGUGCAAUUAUUAUAUUUCAUUUCCCUUAUCAUAAUAUUUAAAAGAUAAACCAUUAACCAACCAUCUUGCCAUGUAGAGGCAUAUUACAUAUCAUAUAAAUACUAUUGAGUUUAGCUAGAUCUAUGUAUAUUUUAGUGUGUGACAUAGUCUAUAUGGUAGAAAAUAAUGCACAUUUGUUGGUUGUUAAUUAUGUGAUACAUUCAUUCCGUCCAAUGAUAUUUUCAUUCCGUCCAAUAAACACAUAUAACAUUUAAAA